AUGCCGGGAACAAUCACGGUGCUGAAGACGUCUCCUGUUCGGAUUGGUGGUGGGGUUGAUGAGUCCACCGAGUACUUUCACCGGCUAUUCUGGACAUUUCCACCCUGUAUCAAGGCAUUCCGGCAUUGCAAGCCCCUCGUCAGUAUUGAUGGUACCCACUUGUAUGGGAAGUAUGGAGGGACGCUGCUGUUGGCGAUAGCUCAGGACGGGAACUCGAACAUCCUCCCGAUAGCAUUUGCCCUUGUGGAGGGCGAAAAUGCAGAGUCGUGGUCAUUCUUCUUGUCCAAUCUCCGAGAGCAUGUGACUCCUCAAGAGGGUAUCCUUGUUAUCUCUGACAGGCAUAAUGGGAUCAAGGCAGCGCUUGAGGCACCUGAGACUGGGUGGCUGCCUCCUCGGGCGUUCCGGGUCUACUGUAUUAGGCAUGUGGCUGCGAAUUUCGCCCUAAUGUUCAAAGGUAAGGACUCCAGGAGGCUGUUGGUGAAUGCUGCCUACGCAAAAACUGAGGCUGAGUUUUACUACUGGUUUGACAUCAUGCGGACUGAGAAUCCAGCAAUGUGUGACUGGGCCAACCGGAUGGAGUAUGACAAAUGGACCCAACAUGAGGAUGCUGGUCGACGGUUCGGGCACAUGACCACAAACAUCAGUGAAUGUGUGAACUCCGUGCUAAAGGGAACUCGCAACCUGCCGGUCACAUCUUUGGUUAAGUCAACCUACGGGAGGCUUGCUCAGCUAUUUGUGGUACGGGGACAGACAGCAGAGGCACAACUCGGAUCUGGGCAUGAAUUCUGUCAGGCCUUGGUAAAGUCUAUUGAUCGGAACCUAAGAGACUCGAGGUGCUUCACUGUGACAUUAUAUGACAGGCAGCAGUCCGAGUACACCGUCGCGGAGACAACACCAACCGGCAACUUCUCCCUGGGCAGCUACAGAGUCUCCCUUAAAGAUCACCGAUGCGACUGUGGCCACUUUCAGGCGCUGCAUUAUCCUUGUUGCCACGCCAUUGCGUGUUGCACCUACUCCCGGCUUAACUGGGCGUCAUAUGUUCACGAGGUGUAUCAUAUGAGUGAGGUGUUCAACGUUUACAAGGAGGGGUUUCUCCCACCUAUCCCUGAAGGACUAUGGCCUCCAUAUGCUGGGCCUACCAUCAUUCCUGACCCUAAUAUGCGGCGUGCAAAGGAAGGUCGUCCAAAGGUAACCAGGAUCCGUGGAAGUAUGGAUCAGUCUCAGGAGAACCAGCCGAAGCGAUGUGGACUAUGCCGUCAGCCUGGGCAUACGCGGAGGAACUGUCAUAGACUGCAGAGUGGUGGAGGGGAUGCGUAG